AUGGACAAGCGCAUUAUAUCAAGAAAGGAGCGUGAGCAGGUGGAGCUACGCAAGUUACCCGAAGACCUGCGUCGUAAAAAGGAAUGUCGCAAAGUAAUUCGGCAGAUUCUCAAGCAGCGCAAGGCUCUUAGUUUUCCUAGUGGCGAAAAUCCAGGUCGAGACGACGACGACGACGACUGCGCUGAGCGCGGCAUCCAGCAAAUUGAAGCACGGCUUGAUCAACAGCUGCAGCAAGGCCACAGGCCCUUGGUUCCGUUGAAACUCGCGACUUACAUUCUUACAGCGAAGAGCUUCAUCGAGGAUACUACAGAUGGGGAUGGAAACUGCAUUCACGAUGGUUUGGUCCAUGACGAUGCGCCCGGUCGAUUGUACAUCGAGAAGAUUUCGAGACAAGGAGACGACGUUGAAGUCAAGGCGAACUUGUGGUUCAAGUUAGGUACGAGGACCUGCCUCAAAGAGCAGGUUGAAUUUACUGGAUCGUGGCCAGAUCUCGAAAUACCCGCACUUGAAGAGAUCUCAGUAAAAUUCUGUGACGAAUCGCAGGUCCGUUACAGAGGUGCAUCGCAGAAACAGAAGGAGAUGAACCAAGAGUCAAUGCGAAUCACUCUCGUCUUCCUCCGCGACGGCUACUUGAGUAUGAGAGCCCAGGCGGUACCAUUCUACACGAUAAGGGAAGAUGUUGAGUUUUAUGGCAUCGAAACGAGUAAAAUAAAGGAAAGAGACAGCGGACUAAUUGAGCGUCUCGAGGACAGCGACCCUGAUACAACUGAGCCCAGCGACGAAGACACCACAGACAGCGAAAGCGACAGCGACAGCGAUAUUUGGUACAGCGAUUACGACAAGGCACGAGCAAAACACGCGAAGCAAGAAGCACGUGGCAAAGCCAUCGAAGCAUGGCUUGAGGAACGCAUUGCUUCAGGAGAGGAAGAAACCGUCGAAAGCAUGGAAGCACGCAGAACAAGUCUGGAAGAUUAUAAUCAAGUUCUCAAGUGGAAUCUCUGGUCUACUUCAUAUCUCGACAUGCUCGUCGCUAAAAAAGGCUGGCGAACUGAUAAUGAAUUGUUCCACGGCGGCGGUUGCGGCAACUUCGAAAUCACAACAUACGGCCGGGUGGACGGUAGGCCUGCUAAGGGCACCCUGACUCUUCCGCCGCAGUACGAUCACUUCCCAGGCGAUCUUAAGUGGACGAUGGAGAGAAGCGUUGUAAACUCUAAGCGACUUAACGCCAUCAUGUCCACCGAAGACUCGCCGCAUAAACUGAAGUUUCGCAUAUGCUUUGUUGAGAAUGGGCAUAUGAAGAUACGCAUUCCAGCUCACGAGAUCAGAGGAAGCAGAGAAAACGGUCUCAUCGACUUCUACGCUAUCGCUGAGGACUUGCCAGGUUUUCGUCCUCAUCAAAGGCGGCGUAGUGUGGUUAGAGAGUGGUGGGAAAAGACGCCUGAUGGACUGGUGUACAACCCGCCUACCGGCGCUAUAGAAGACAGUCGUAGCGAAUGUUCGGACCACCCGGAUAACUGUACGCACUUCGAUCCAUACGACCGUGGGUUUUAA